AUGCGUGCCACUUAUUCCGACAGUGUUUUUGAGGGCAAGCCUAGGCCAAUGCACAGGCUGCCGCCUGGAUGCUCCACGCUGGUUGCACCCAGUCGAGUGGCAGAGUCUGUUGCCUGUAUUUCUGUGGAUGAACUUUCUGCCUUGGUCUUAGAAAUAAGGAGAUGGUUGUCAUUUCAAGAAAAUACAAAGGAUAUCCUCAUGAUAUAUGAAGAAGAAGCAGAAGAGUGGGCUCUGUAUUUAAAAUCUCUUUUUGGACUCAUAGUGAAUGAAGAAGGAAUCUUACUCUACGAUUUAGAGAAUUCAUCUUUGAAGAACCAGGAGCUACUCUGUUUACUGUCUUACAAAUGUAAACUCCUGAUACUCUCAUGUGGACUUCUGAAAUGCCUGAAUCAAAAGAGAAGUUAUUUUCUGGAACAAGUUCUAAAACCUCCAGAAAAUGUGGUAAUUCUGCUUUGUGGGGUGGAGAAUUCAGAGAUUCUUUAUGAGAUACUGACCUUAGAUGGAGGCAGCAAAGAGAUUUCUACUGACCAGAAACCUGAGGAAUAUCUUUCUGUUGUUAAAGGAAUUACUCAACCAGAUAUACCAUGGGAUGAAAAUCCUGAAGACUCUGUAUCUUACGUCUAUGAAGCAGUUUUUGCAGAUGAUCACCAGACUAAUUCUGACAUUAACUUGUCAGAUGUCAGGGGAGCAUCAGAAAAAACAGACCUCACUUUUAAAACAGAGGUACUUUCUGAAAGAUUAGAAAGUAAUGAGCAGUCAAUAUUGGUGCUUCCAAGAAGAAUAUCAUGUGAGAACCCUGGUGAAAUAUUUAUUCUGUUGAAAGAUGAAAUAGAUGAAGAAACUCUAGAAAUUGAAUUCAUAGCAGAUAAUCAUCGAAUUAGGACGCAGACAGCCUCUUGGAGCAAGAAGGUCAAGUAUGUGAAAGCCCUAGAUUUUCCUGCUGGSCCUGUAUAUGUAAAUGUCUACUGUGGGGGAGUCAUUAAGAUGAGAGCACAGAUUGAGUACUAUUCUCCACUGGAGGAAAUUGAGCCCAUUUUAAAGAAAGUGGCUGACCCAAUAGCUUUCAUUUGUCAGCAAGCAUUGRAAUUUUCUUCUAUAGAGAAGGUAGACAAUGUUCUGACUUUGUUACUGAAAAGCAAAAUAUCUACUUAUGAAUUCAUCCCAUGCCAAAGUGAAGAAGAGCAGCAUCAACAAUCUAAUAUCCAUUUGGAAGAAUUUCCCACCCUACUUCACUGUGCAGCCAGAUUUGGGUUAAAGAACCUUGCAACAUUUCUGCUCAGCUGUCCUGAGGCCACACGGGCUUGCAAAAUAACGAAUAAAUAUGGAGAUGAUCCAGAARGCAUCGCGAGGAAACACGGGCACAAGGAGCUAAGAAAAUUAAUCCAAGAAUUGUCAAAUUAUGCAGCAAGUAAUUUCACUGAUUGCAAGGAGGAAGCGGAAGACAGCAACGCUUACAAGCUUAUGUUAGGCUCAGAAACUCAACCAGCCRUGGUUUACCCUACAUAUGCAACACUGUUCCUUCCUCUUUCAGAGAGGCAUUUUGUGAUGGACAGGAGUAAAAGAGAACACAGUGAUGGACUUGUAACAGCGAGCUGCAGGGAAGACCAAGGCACCUGUGAGGAGGACAGCGAGGAGGAGCACCCGUACACUUGUAUGGCAUCGGAUGAAUGUGUGUACGAUCUCAUCCUGGGGGAGGAGGAGGAGGAGGAGGAGGAGAAAAGGAAACACUGCAGGUCCUUUAUCAUGAACAGGCCACCAGCCCCUGCCCCCCGCCCCCUGUGCUCCCCGGUCAGAGAGGAGAACACUCCCUACAUUGUGCAAGUGUUUCAGCAAAAGGCCACUCGAGUGACCUGUGACAACAGCAGGACAUACUGCGAGGCCAGGAAUCCCGCAGCACACAGAGACCACGCUGAYAUGGUAACUUACAGCACUGUGGUACACAACAUCCCUCCUGAACAGGAAGAACUCAUCCACUUGCAGAAACAGGUGAAAAAGGGGGCAAUUUCUGUGGAUGAAGCUCUUGACAGAUUUAAACARUGGCAGAACAAAAGGCAGAGACUACCAUCCACUCAACAGGAAAAAGUGCAUCACCUUAGAGACACCACUAUCAGAAACAGACAAGAAAAUGCAAAYCUGAAUGGUAAGUUGUACUUUUUCUGCCUUUUAGAACUCUGAAGCCUUGARCUGUAGGUAUGGUGCAGAGGUCUGAUCCAAACCCUUUUGGAUCAGGCAUUAAAUUUGUAAUGAGCAUUUUCUSUAUCUGACCACAUUUAUUUUAGCAWAAUGAGGCCUUCAGCAGUGUCAGGAUUUCAUCCCAAAGAUGAACUCACUGCAAGUUAAUGGGRCAGAAAAUUUCCCAAGUCCCUGUGGCUCAGCUUUUCUGUAGCCCAUUUCCUACUGCAUCAUCAGAAUUUGGGUAGAUGGCUUCUUUAGAUCAAUUUGCUUGAUGACUUCAAUAUUUUA